AUGCAACUAUAAUGGCGACGCUACAGCGAAUUUAAACUGCGCAAUCAAUGUUGGCACAGUGCCAGUGUGAUCAUCUCCCGAAGUGGAACUACGAACAAUAGUAUUUACUACUCGAAAAUUGAAAUAUUUAUUACCAAUAUGAUCAAUAGAAACAAGUUUUUUUUAAAAAUAAAAACCCUUUUGACGAUUAUUAAGCGGGCGGAAAAAGGCGCGCAAGAGACUCCGAGGCCUACAAACUGAAAAUGUUAAGAAGUGGCUACUUAACAAGGAAAAUCAUGGAAGACAUGCUUUUUUUUGAAAUAAUAAAAAAUGUGGGCUAGUCAUUAUUUCAGCUGUUUUUUUUAAAAAAGAAAAAUUGGCUUGAAACCGAAUUUAAACAAAAACCUUAAUCCCGCCCACAGGUGCGGCACUUUCGGACUUUUUUUCCCCGAACAAAGAAAUCAGAUCAUGUAGUUUUUCGUCAACUUUAGAUGGACUACCGAAUAAAGGAAGGAAAGAAAAUAUUUUGUCCCUUGAAGAGGAAGAGCAUUUCCAACUAUGUAUUGCGCGAGAAGAAAAGCCAGGAGACUGAAGGAUAAUCAAAAUAAUAACCGGGCACUGGGACAUUGAAAGGCGAUUAUCUUUCCUUUUUGUAAAGAAAAAAUCCGGAAUCGCAGUCGAAUUAGCGAACAACAAUCUAUUUAAGAUUUAAGUGAGGAGUGCGGAGAAAUGAUCAACAUCAUAGUAGUUCAUAUAGAAAAAUCCAUUUCUUCAAAAAAAUCGUUUUAGCAAGAAAAAACCCUCAAAUGAAACAGAUGGAAAUGAGUCAGAGACCAUCAGAAGGGAAGAGAGAAAAUAUAAGUCUGAAAAUAAAACCAAAGAUCGACCUCCAAUCCCGCCCAUCGCCAUGAACGGGAGGAGCGCAGCAAACAGCUCCUUAGGUUUUUUUUCCUCUUCGGCGUCGGGUUUAAGGUUUAUUUUGUUUUAAGCCGCCGAGGGACAGCAUCUGCUCGGUAACACUAGCAAUCCGCAGAUUUGUGCUUUUUUUAAAAAAAAGGAUCUGUAACGGAGCGCUGAGAAACACACAAAGGCGGCGCCGACUGUCGAGUCUGGCUUCAUCCAUCUUUGGUCGGAAUUUUUUUUUGUUCUCUCCGGUCUUCAGCCGUCUUUGAGGCGACGAAGGUGGAGAGAGGGAAAAAAAACAUCUACUGGGAGAAUCUAGGAUCGCCGCUUUGAAAAAUAACCCCGUGAGAAAAAGGGGGUUGAAAACGAUAUUUGUUUCGUCGAAAAACUGCGGGAGUAUUUUGAUUGGGAGAAAAAGCUUGGCAGUACCCUUUCUUCCAUAUCCCCAACUCUCCGAGGCAACAGAAGAAAAAUUCCAAUUUGUGUUUUAUUGAGAUUUGAUUGAAUUGUGUUCUUCCUGGGUCCCAGGAUCACAUGACCCCAUCGAUUUAGAAUGGUAAAUACGAGGCGAUUUUGAAGGAUUUUAGAAGUCGAGAUUAUACUUGUAUAUGAUGUAGACAUAUCUCUUUUAUUGUGUUUUCUUUCAAAAGCAAAAGCGAUAUCUCCUGGACAUUGGGAGGAAAAGUGAACCGAGAUAUUUCAUCAGGGGUCACCCCCACCCCGCGCGAAGCGCUGCGCGUGGGCCGGGGUCCUUGCCCUGAACAAACAGACGCGCGCCCUGCAACCGCCCAUCGUAGUCCAUUGGCCACCGGCGGAGGCUCCACCCCCUUCCUCGGAUGCGCCCAUUGGCUGUUGUUGAGUCCCCUGUCAUUGGAAUGGGAGGGAGAGACGCAGCUGAUGUGGGCAACUUGACUUUACCCAUUUUGACUUAUUUACAUUUUAUACUUCGGCAACUUUUUUCAAAAAUUUUUUGAGGAAAGAAGAAAAGUUAAGAGAUCUGUGAUAACGAUCUUCUUUUUCACCUUUAUUUCCAUGCCUACACAACAGGAAUUUCUGAGUAGGUUUUCGCAAAUUUGGUUUCAACUUUGAGUUGUUGAUCGAACAUUUGCAAAUGCUGGACUCUUCUCUGUAGCAGUGGUAUACGAUCGAACGCCCCAGUGGGGGAGUUUAAAAACAUUUUGUCCUUUCUGUAAUUCUUUUUGAGUAUUUACGAAAAAAAUCUCCCGUUUUGAUCGUAGUUGAACUUGUCGUUUGCAAAAAUCGCCCUCACAAGGACAUGCUCAUGUUCAUGUCGUACUUAGCACGAGCUAAAAUUUGAUGCGAUUCGUUUCUGAAUAGUGGGGCUGAAUUCCACUUUGAUAGCUUGGUCUGGCCAAUGCUGUAACUUAAGACUGUACAAAAAUGUAGGACUAAUUCAACGACGUUAUUUUAUUUUGUUCAAACAUACGGAAAGACCAACUUUUUCAACAGUCUUGAAUAUCUGUCAUCUGGAAUUCAUUGUCUGAAGGUUUCAGCAAGCUGAUUCAAUAAAAACUUUCAAAAGCGAAUUGGAUAAAUAAUCGAAGGAGAAAAAAUUGCAAUGCUUGGAGGAAAGAGUAAUAAUGUGGAAAGCUCAUGUGGACACAUCUUUCCUUAAGUAAAAAAGAUAACACGUGUGGAGGUGGAUGAAGACAGCAGGCCAGACAACACCAGAGGAGCAGGAAUGGUGACGGUUCGGGUCCUUGCUGUUUACAUACUCCAUGUUUAAUAUCCACCUUCGCUUAGUUCUGGCAAAUAAUCAUCGCCCUGAAACAUUCAUUCUCCACAAACUCUGCCUGAGGUCUCCAACUGGUCAGAUUUCAGCCUAUCAACGACAACACCACACCCUUCGUCCUCUGACCCACAAAACCAUCCAAUCAGAGCCACCAGCGCCGGAGAACGCGGCCCCGGUUAGGACCAAUGAAAUGGCUCGGUGCUGAGAGUUCGGUUAGAAACGGUUCAAGAUGGCGCUAGUCGGCGAGAGCGAGAACCGGGAGAGCUUAACGGAAGAAAUCCCGGAAUAUGACCGUCGUAAAGAGAAGAUGGUGGAGAUCCUGCAGCGGAGAGACCAGGAGAGGCAGCAGGGGGUGGAGAGGAGGAAAAUGGCCAAAGAUGUGACCACGGUGAAGGAGGAAAAGUCCAACUUCUUCACCACGGCGUUUUCGGAGGAGAAGGCAGCGAUCGAGGCGCUGCUGGAAAGCUGCGAAGGCACCGACCGAAACGCGUUGAGCGCCCGCUUCGAGGAGAUCUCGCAGAAGAUGCAGCGGCUGCAGAAGUUUGUCAACGACAGCAUGAUGUUCUUGUCUGCCUACGAGCUGCGCCAGGCCCAGGACGCGGUGCAGAAGUUGCAGGGGGUCGUGGUGGAGAAGAGGGAGGAGUUUCUGCCCAAGAAGAAAUUCGCUUUCAAGUCCCGCAAAAAAGAAGGCGCCGGCCCCAAGCAAACCAAAUCCACCGAUUCCCCGUCCGACAAGAAACCGACAGACCCCGUCGCGGUCGAGGAAAACCUCUGCGGCUUUUCGGAUGCCGACUCCCAGGUGCUGGUCCGGCGCGCAGACGAGAUCACCGGCAAGGAUGUGUUGUUGACCCGGUUGUCCAACUGCGUGGUGCAGCUCUUGGGUUCGCCCAACACCCUCCACGUCAAGAAUGUCAUUAAUUCGAAAGUGUUGUGCGGACCUGUCUCUACCUCAGUAUUCAUUGAUCAGUCCGUCGGCUGCACCUUUGCCUUCGCUUGUCAGCAGCUGCGAACCCAUAAUACCAAGAAUGCCAAUGUAUAUUUACAUGUGACCAGCAGAGCCAUCGUCGAGGACUGCAGUGAAGUUUCGUUUGCUCCAUUUAACUGGAAGUACGAAGGCAUUGAGAAGGAUUUUGAGCUGGCGGGUUUAGAUAGAACGAAAAACAAUUGGAAUGUUAUAGAUGAUUUCAACUGGCUUGCGCCUGAUCAUUCCCCUAACUGGAGUAUUUUGGCCGAAGAGUCUCGAAUAACAGACUGGGACAAAAUCUUAGCGCCAUAGAUAGUAUCAUGUGUACCAGCGGUCUUUACUGAGUAACUGCAGGAUGUCAUGAUUUAAUUGCACCUGUUCCUGUACUUGAGUUCAAGGAAAACAAAUGUUGGUCCUAUUUAUAGGACAGAAUUAAUAUAUGUUAACCCAAGUUUGCGUGAUCUAUUGUAAAGGAUCUUGUCAACAUUUUGUCCUUGUCUUGUUUUUCUUAAGUGUUAUACUGUUGGAAUAUAGUUCAUAAAGGAGAAUUGAAACUAAUUUCAGAAUGAAUAACAGUAAUGGAUGAAAUUCAAUAAGUCUUCUGCUAUUUGGUGUUUUUGAUGAUCUUUAACCAGCUUACUUUUGAUUUUUAUGGAGGGUCAGUAUUUAUGCAAAUCUACAAGAAUGAAAUUGAAUUGCAUUAGGUCUCUAUGCCUGGUUUUCAAAUUUACAAUGCAUGAGCAACAGGGAAGGUCAGUUAUCUGCCUAAAAUAUUUAUGAUGUAAAUCUGCUUCUGCUGAUAGCUUAAUAACCACAAACUGGCUAGAACCUGCCAUAUGCAAACUCUGCCUGUGACAGUCUUUUCAGUUCUACAAACAAUGCAAUCCAUUAUAUGGAAGCAAAAUGGUUGAAGACUGAAAUGUAUGAAAUUUCAAUAUGAAACUGUUUGAUGUUGAGCCACAGUGGGGACAAUGAUUGGACUACUAAACAGCCUUUGUCCAGAACCAGUCCAAUUGUGUUAACUCAGGCCUUUAUCUCCAGAGCUGUAGGCAGUAUUGUAGUGGCUUGAAAUUCAUCUUUACUUGAAAUUCAUCUUUACUUGUUUUUCACUUAUUGUUAAAUCAAUUAAAACAAAAUCCAAUUUCACUCAAAAUAACCCAGUUUGGUAUUGGCUUCCAGUUUACCAGGUCUGCUUCAUUUUAUGUCUUUCUGGAUGUGAGUCAGUUUUGAGAGUUUCUACCUACUGCCUUGAAAUUGUGGUUGGGCAGGUGUGAAGAGGAAUGGAGAAUGUUCAUUUUCCCCUAUAAGAUUCUGCCAAGGACCAUACUAUCGAUAUAAAACAUAAAUUAUGAAAGCUCACACUGUACUUGAGUAUUUUACAUACUUCAUUCUUGUCCCAUUUUUACCAAUCUAUAUUUCAUCCUUCAUUUUCUUGUGUGCUUUACAAGCCUCUUCCACUUUGAAGAGCUAUUCCAAACUCUUAAAUGUAGUUUCUUUAAGCCAGUCAAAUGGUAAACCUCUACCUGAUGGGCCUGACAAUCUUUGUUUCCCUAUAUCAACCCAGAGGAAAUGAAUUUACUUGUUAGUGGCUCAGAAUCAAACAAGAAAGUAAAGUCCAAUUAAGUUCAGGGAUAAAAUAGCAUUUUUCAUAUUCAAGAGCAAUCCACAACAUUAAUAAAGUGAUGAUCUUUAAUAGUUGAUGUAACUAAAAAUAUUUAAAACCUGAUUUCCACACAUGGCAUCCCUUGGAAGAUGCUUGCUAGAUUUAUUUAGACCUUGGAGAAGGCCAGAAGCAUUACUGAAGCAGUUUCUUCAAAUUUGAACGUUGUUACCUUGUGUAAUUAUAACUAGUGACUUCAACCAAACCAACCUCAAGAGGGUGCUGCCAAAGUACCACCAACACAUCUGCCCCACCAGAGGCCCAAAUGUUCUGGACCACUGCUAGACAACCAUCAAAGAUGCCUCCCGCUCUAUUCUCUGCCCACACUUCGAAAUCAGAUCACAGCACUGUGUUCCUCCUCCCAGUUUACCAGCAAAAGCUGAAACAGGAGGAGCCUUCACAAAAGGAAGUAUAAUGCUGGUUGGAGACUGUGGAAGACCAUAGCCGGACUGAUUGGAUUCGGUGGACUGGACCAUGUAGAAGUACUGAGUGAAAAACCUAAACAAGUACAACACCACCAUCACAGAUUUCAUUAGAAAAUGCAUGGAGGGCUGUAUAUCAAAGAAGAUAAUCUGAGUUAGCAAGAACGGCAGAUGCUGGAGUCAAUAAUCAAUACAGUGUGGGACUGGGGAAACACAGCAGGUCAGAUAGCACCUGAGGAGCAGGCAAGUUAACGUUUAGAGUCUGAACCCUUCAGGACAAUCUGAGUAUAACCCCAACCAUAAACCUUGGAUGAACCAGGAAAUCCCCACUCCCUGCUGAUGACCAAGCAUACAGCAUUCAAGUUGGACGAUCCAGAACUAUACAGGAAAUCCAGAUAUGACCUCUGCAAAGCCAUCAGGGAGGCCAAGAAGCAGUACUGGACCAAGUUGGAGGCUCAAACCUAUCAAACUGAUUCACGCUACCUGUGGCGAAGCCAAAAUAACGUUACAGGAUACAAAAUGAAGCAGAGAAGAUAGCGGAUAAAGACACAUCCCUCCCUGAUGUGCUUAAUGCUUUCUAUGCUCAGUUGGAGCAGAAUGCCAGCAGCAUGGCUACACCUGCCCUGACAGCCCCAGACAUAUCUGUGCCCACUGUCAUUGCUGCAAAUAUCAGAUCAGUUUUCCUGGGAGUCAACCCAAGGAAAGUGAUAGGCCUGGAUGGAGUCCUUGGUCAAGCACUCAGAUUCUGUGUGAACCAACUGGUGGGGAUACUCACUGUCAUCUUCAACCUCUCCCUCCUACAAGCUGAAGUCCACACCUGUUUCAAGAAGACCACCAUCACCCCGUACCUAAGAAAACACGUGGUGUGUCUUAUUGACUAAUGCGCAAUAGCUCUGACUUCAAUAAUCAUGAAGUACUUUGCGAAGUUGGUCAUAGCCCAUAUCACUUCCUGUCUUCCAGCCUGCCUUGAUCCCCUAUAAGUAGUCUACUGACAUAACAGGUUCACAGCGGACAGCAUAUCCCUAGCCCUGCAUUCAUCCCUGGAACAUCUGGACAACAAGGACACCUCACUAACUACAGCUCCACCUUCAACACUUAUUCCCUCCAGAUUGAUUUCAAAACUCCAAGUCUUUGGUUUCAGCUCUGCAUUAAGCAACUAGUUCCUCAGCCUUUUGACACACAGGCCGCAGUCAGUGAAGAUAUGUCAUUGCACCUUCUCCACAACAACAUUGGAACCCCCCAAGGAUGCAUCCUCAGCCCCCAACUGUACUCCAUGUAAAUUCACGACUGUGUUGCCAAAUUCCAAAUGAACCCCAUCUACAAGUUCACUGCCGACACCAGGAUUGAUAUCUAACAAUGAUAAGUCAAAAUACAGAAGGGAGAUAGAGGGCAUGGUGCAAUGAGAACAACCUCUCUCUCAAUGUUGGCAAAACUAAAGAACUGAUCAUUGACUUCAGAAAGAAAGAAGGAGAACAUGCCCCCACCUACAUAAACAGAACGGAGGUGGAGAGUGUCAGGUUUCUGAAAGUGACGAUAAUGGACGACCUGUCCUGGAUUUCCUACAUAGAUACAAUGGUCAAGGCAGCACAAUAAUGCCUUUUCUUCCUGAGGCACCUCAGGAAAUUUAGCAUGUCUGGAGGGAGCUUCACUAGCCUCUACAUGCACCAUUGAAAGCAUACUGUCAGGGUGCGUGAUGGCCAGGUAUGGCAACUGCUCUGCCCAGAAUUGUAAGAAACUACAGAGGGUGUGUGCACAGCCCAGACCGUCAAGGAAGUCAGCCAUCCAUCCACGAACUCAAUUUACACAACUCAUUACCGUGGAAAGGCUGCCAACAUAAUCAAAGACACAUCCCACUCCAGGAAUGAUCUCCGACAACCCCUUUCAUCAGGCAAAAGAUACAGAAACUUGAAUACAUGAACCAGCAAGUUCAGGAACAGCUUCUUCCCAGCAGUUAAUAGACUGACAAAUGGACUCUGUAGCCUCAAAUAAUGCUGAUCUUGCGAACGUUGAUAUCACCUCGCGCACGCCCGAUACAAUGUUACUUGUAUGCCUCUUAGGUUUUCUACAAAUGAUCUGCCUGUACCACUCAUAAACAAAGCUUUUCACUGUACAUCAGUACACAUGAC